AAAUACGAAGGAAACAAAAAAAAAAAAAAGGACAAAAUUGAUAUGUUUUAUCUUAUCUUUUCACCAAACAAUCCAUCUCACCGAGACACAGCCAACAAUUUCAAGACAACGUCCGUCUGUAAGAAAACAAGGCUGGCCUCUUUCUCCAGCGCAACCGCUGAACUUCUCAUUCCUUGUGCUUCAAAAUCUGGUAACUUCCUUUCAACCCUAGAUCUAAUCUACUUAAUGAUGGUGAUGUUGAUGGAACUGGUAAUCUCUGUUUGGUUGGUGGGAAGAUUAAGUGAAAGGAAAGGUGGGGAAAGUCAUGAUGCUAUAUGGGUUAAGCUUCUAAGUUAAAUUAAAUGAUUUGUGUUCGGAUGAGAUCCUACUUCUUUUAUUUUGUUUCCCCAAUUAAUUUUGAAUCUUUGACUUCUUGUCCAUAAGCUACUAGUCAUAUCAAUUUUGUGGGUUUUAGGUGAUGGUUUUUUGUAAGAUCCAUAUGAAAAAGUUUUGUGAAUUGAUUUCCUCCACUCAAGCCAUUGCAUUCUUCUUGUUGUCAUUGUUUUUGUUGUGUUGUAGUGAACAAGUCUUCACUCUUUUCAGUCAAAUUUCUCACUUGAAAUGUUUCUCUGAAACCAUUGGGUUUGCACAGGCAUGAAUCUUUGUUACGGAUUACAAUAGGGGGUACUGUUGUUCCUUUCCUCUGAAGGUCAUGGUUUCCAGCUAUAGCAUGAUAAAAUGUUUAGGUCACU